AUGGGUUUACCGGGACAAACGCCAACAAAUAUUCCUGGGCCAGCACCAUUGGGAAUUCCAAGGCCAACAUCAAUGGAUUUUUCAGGGCAACCACCAAUGAAUAUGCCAGGAAUACCAUCAAUGGGAAUACCUGUUCAAUCACAAAUGAACACACCUGGACAAUCACAAAUGAAUGUACAUGGACAGCAACAACCAAUGAACGUAUUUAGACAACCACCAAUGAAUAUACCUGGACAACAACAAUUAAGGUAUGAACCCACUCAACAACAACCAAUGAAUAUACCUGAUCAACAGCUUUUAAUGUAUCCACCUAAGCAACCAUUAAUGAAUAUUCCUGGACAACAACCAUUAAUGAAUAUUCCUGGACAACAACCGUCAAUGAAUAUUCCUGGACAACAACCGUCAAUGAAUAUUCCAGGACAACCACCGUUAAUGAAUAUUCCAGGACAACAACCAUUAAUGAAUAUUCUAGGACAACCACCGUUAAUGAAUAUUCCUGGGCAACAACCAAUGCCUAUGCCUGGUCCACCAGAAAUGAUGAAUGAAACCAAACAAAGUACUAAACUUGAUCCAGAUCAACUUCCUAGUGCUGUCAAAGUUAGAGAAGAUGAUAAAAUUGAGAAAUCAGGAGUUUUUUUAACAGGUUAUCCAACAGCGGAAUUACCUCCUCUUAUAACAACAGAAUGUACCGUUCAGGAUCAAGGAAAUUCAAGUCCACGAUUUAUACGAUCAACUCUUUAUAAUGUUCCAUCAACAAAUGAUAUGAUAAAUGUAUCACAUCUUCCUUUUGGAAUUACUUGUAGACCAUUAUGUAGAACGAUGCCUGGAGAAUGCAUUCCACCAAUUGCUGUGAAUAGUGAUACUGGUCCAGUAAGGUGCCAAAGAUGUAAAGCAUAUAUGUGUUCAUUUAUGAAAUUUAUUGAUGGUGGAAGAAGAUUUAAAUGUCCAUUUUGUGAUGCAUCAACACCUAUAACUGAUGAUUAUUUCAAUCACAUUGAUCAUACUGGAAUGAGAAUGGAUAUUAAUUGUCAUCCUGAAUUUCAAUUGGGAUCAUAUGAAUUUAUUGCAACACCAGCUUAUUGUAAAAAUAAUGUUAAACCAAAUGAACCAGCAUUUAUUUUUAUGUUAGAUGUUUCUUAUAAUGCAAUUAAUAAUGGCCUAGUUGAUAUAUUUUGUAAAAAUUUUAUAAAUUUAUUAGAUAAAUUUCCAAAAGAAGCAAAUCAAAACAAAUCAACGAUUAAAGUUGGUUUUAUUACUUAUGAUAACAAACUUCAUUUUUACAACUUAUCAUCUAAAUCAAAAAAACCAGAAAUGUCAAUUGUUAAUGAUCUUAAUGAUAUAUUUAUUCCAUUUGUUGAAGGAUUUUUAGUUGAUGUAUCAGAAGCUAAAGAAAGUAUUGAGAAAAUUCUUAAUGAGAUACCAAACUUAUUUGGUGAUUCGAAGAUAACUGAUAUUUGUUUGGGACCAGUUAUUCAAGCUGGCUUAGAUGCACUGAAAAUAACUGAUCGAAGUGGAAAAAUGUUUGUAUUUAAUACGUCACUUCCUACAUUAGAAGCACCAGGAAAGUUGACACAUCGUGAUGAUAAAAAUUUGGGUAAUGAUAAAAAACACAUUAUUUUAUCUCCAAAUGGAGACUUUUAUACAAAAUUAGGAGAAGAAUGUGCUAAGAAUGGUGUUUCUGUUGAUUUGUUUCUUUUUCCCAAUUCUUUUAUUGACGUUGCUUCAUUGUCACCUUUGGUUUCUAUAUCAGGUGGACAUCUAUAUAAAUAUCAAUAUUUUGGUGCUUCAAAUGAGGGAAAAAUGUUUUUGGCAGAUUUUGAAAAAUGUAUCUCUCGUAAUAUAGGUUUUGAUGCAAUAAUGAGAAUAAGAACAUCAUAUGGUCUUUGUCCUGAAUCAUUUUAUGGACAUUUUUUGAUGCAAAAUAAUACAGAUAUGGAAUUUGGGACAAUUGAUGAAGACAAAGAAGUAGUAAUUAAUAUUAAAUAUGAUGAUAAACUUCUACAAAAUCAACCUUGUUAUAUACAAGCUGCUUUAUUAUAUACAACUGUUUCAGGAGAAAGACGUAUACGUAUACAUAAUAUUUCUCUUAAGACAACAGAUAAUUAUUUAGAAAUUUAUAAAGGAAUAGAUAAUGAUACUCUUAUUGCUUAUUUUUAUAAAUAUUGUGGAAAUGUUAAUAAAACAAAAAAUGGCCAAGCAAUGAAAGAAGAGAUUACUAAUAUAUGUGCACAUAUUUUAGCAACUUAUCGUGAAAAAUGUUCUGAUAAUUCACCAAUUGGACAACUUGUACUUCCAGAAUGUCUUAAAUUAUUACCACUAUAUUUUUGUAGUAUUCUUAAAAAUGAUGGAUUAACUGGUGGAUCUGAUUUACAUAUUGAUGAUAGAGCUUGGCUUGCGCAAAUGAUAGUUACAGGAGUUUAUUUAGAAAAUAAAAAUCAAGAAUUUUACAUACCUCCUGAAGUUAGAGGGUCAUAUGAAUAUUUAAAAUCUGAUGAAUCUUAUUUAAUUAAAAGUGCAAAUCAAUUAUUUUUAUGGAUUGGUAAAGAUGUUAGUGAUGAAUGGAUAAGAUUAAUUUUUAAUGUUGCCAAUAGCAAAAGUAUUAAUGUUGAUGCGUAUGAUGUUUCUGAGUAUGACAAUCCAUAUUCUCGUGGUUUAUGUAAGAUAAUAAAAAUGAUACAAAAUGACAUUGUUUGUCAUAGUAGAAUUAAGAUUGUUCGUCAAAAUGAUCCACUUGAAGCUUGGAUGAAAAGAUUUUUAGUUGAAGAUCGUUUUGCAGGACAAAACUAUUCAUAUGUCGAUGCGUUAUGUGUUCUUCAUCGUGAAAUCCGUUUUAUUUUAUCAUAA